UUUUAAACUUUCUCUUCUGAGCUCCUCUUCUCGUCCCGAGCCAGGCCAGCAGGCCAAGCCAGAAACGAACAGUUCAAACCAAUAAUCUAACUGGUACCAUCUGCAAUCGAUUGUUGCUGAAAUUCGCAAGUUUACGUUGGAAACACCGCGUUUCCUGAAUUCCUAGCUCUGGAGAUAUGAGAGUAAGGUACAUUUCCGCCUUUGCCGCCUUCUUGUUGCUGCUGAGUUCGGUAUGGUUCGUCCGGUGUCAGGUCGACGACGGCUUCAGUCAGAUUGACGACCCCGAUGUUCUGGAGCUCGUCACGCAGCUCGUCUACAGUCGACUCUCCAAUCUCACCUCCGUAAUUCUAAGCCCUGACAACACGAAGAACGCCAGCUUCUGUAUCAAGGAUCCGACCGCCGACUGGGACAGGACCUUCAAUUAUUCUUCCAAUUUGGCAUUCCUCAGUUCUUGCAUUCGGAGAACUAGGGGAGAUAUCUCAAGACGUCUGUGCACAGCAGCAGAAGUGAAGUUCUACUUCAGCAGUUUCUUUGAAAGGAGAUCACAAAGUAACAAUUAUCUAAAUCUCAACAAGAACUGUAAUCUAACCACGUGGAAUCCUGGUUGUGAGCCAGGUUGGGCAUGUAAUGCUAACCCAAAUGAACAGUUUGACCUAAGAGAUUCUAGACAUGUGCCUUCUAGAACUUCUGACUGUCAGCCUUGCUGUGAGGGUUUUUUCUGCCCUAGUGGUAUUGCAUGCAUGAUAUCUUGCCCGUUGGGUGCGUAUUGCCCUCUUGCUAGGCUCAACAAAGCUACUGGCAUGUGUGAACCAUACUCCUACAAACUACCUGCUGGGAAGCCAAACCAUACUUGUGGUGGAGCUAACAUCUGGGCAGAUGUUGGCAGUAGUAGUGAAAUGUUCUGUUCUGCAGGAUCAUAUUGUCCAACAAGUAUCCAAAAAAUUCCUUGUAGUAAUGGGCAUUACUGCAGGAUGGGUUCUAUUUCUGAGAAACGUUGCUUCAAAUUGACUUCAUGCAAUUCCAACACUGCAACUCAGAAUAUUCAUGCAUAUGGAGUUAUGCUAAUAGUUGCAUUAAGUACUCUCCUGCUUCUUAUUUACAACUGUUCUGACCAAGUUCUCGCCACUCGGGAAAGAAGACGUGCUAAAACCAGGGAAGCAGCAGUAAGAAGCAUUAGAGAGAAAGCAAAGGCACGUGAGAGGUGGAAAUCUGCUAAAGAUGCUGCUAAGAAGCGUGCAAUUGGAUUGCAAAGUCAAUUUUCUCAAACAUUUUCUCGUAAAAAAACUGUGACACUUCCUGAACAGCUCAAGAUUUUGCAUGAAACUACAGUUGAGAGAGAUGAUAACAGUCUAGAUUCAUCCAUUCAACCAAGUACUUCAAGGUUGCAUGAGCAAUCUUCUGCUGCUUCAGGGGGAAAAGAAACAGAACCCAGUGACCUUAUGAAGAGGAUGCAUGCAAUUGAUGAUGAUUCUUAUUUUGAUGGUUUAAGUUUUGAGGUUGAAGGUAAAAAUGUAAAAAGGAAAAUGCCAAAUGAAAAGCAGAUACAUACCCACAGUCAGAUAUUCAAGUACGCAUAUGCACAACUAGAGAAAGAGAAAGCUCAGCAGCAGCAAAAUAAGGACCUUACUUUCUCAGGAGUAAUUUCAAUGGCUACCAAUACAGGAAUUAGGAAAAGACCAACCAUUGAGGUUUCCUUUAGGGAGCUUACUCUUACUUUGAAAGGGACAAACAGACAUCUUUUAAGGUGUGUUACUGGGAGAAUAACGCCUGGCCACAUUACUGCUGUCAUGGGACCAUCUGGUGCUGGGAAGACAACAUUUCUUUCUUCUUUGGCAGGAAAAACAGUUGGAUGCAAGAUGACUGGUUUAAUUCUUAUCAAUGGAAAGACUGAUUCAAUCCACUCAUACAGAAAAAUCACUGGUUUUGUGCCACAGGAUGAUAUUGUGCAUGGAAAUCUGACUGUUGAGGAGAAUCUCUGGUUUAGUGCUAGGUGCAGACUAUCUGCAGAAUUGCCAAAGCCAGAUAAAGUUCUGAUUGUUGAAAGAGUUAUUGAGUCCUUGGGGUUGCAGGCAGUGAGGAAUUCAUUGGUUGGAACAGUAGAGAAGCGUGGAAUAUCAGGAGGGCAGAGGAAGCGAGUAAAUGUUGGCCUGGAGUUGGUAAUGGAACCAUCACUUUUGAUCUUAGAUGAACCCACGUCUGGUUUGGAUAGUUCAUCUUCCCAGCUACUUCUAAGAGCUCUUCGACGCGAAGCAUUGGAGGGGGUUAACAUCUGCAUGGUUGUCCACCAACCUGGCUAUACCUUGUUCACGAUGUUUGAUGAUUUAAUACUUCUAGCAAAAGGUGGGCAUACUGUGUAUCACGGCCCUGUAAGGAAAGUUGAAGAGUAUUUUGCAGGCCUUGGUAUCAAUGUACCAGAGCGUGCAAAUCCUCCAGACUAUUUUAUUGAUGUAUUGGAGGGGAUGGUCAAGCUGAGCACAAAUUCAGGCAUAAGCCAGGCAGAGCUUCCUCUAAAAUGGAUGCUUCAUAAGGGUUAUCAGGUCCCCCCAGAUAUGCAGAAGAAUUCUGCUGGACCUGCUAUCCCUGUGGUAAUAAAUCCAUGUGAUCAUGGAAGUUCUGUUGGUGCUGAGUCUGGGGAACAAUCUUUUACUGAAGAAAUGUGGCAGGGUGUGAUCUCUAGUGUGGAGCGUCGGCGAGAUAUCAUAAGACACAAUUUCUUGAGGCCUAGGGACUCGUCCAAUCGGAGAACUCCAGGGCUUUUCAUGCAAUAUAAAUACUUCCUUGGGAGGGUGGGCAAGCAGCGAAUGCGAGAAGCUAGAAUACUAGCAAUCGAUUAUCUAAUCUUGUUACUUGCUGGUGCAUGCUUGGGAUCACUUACUAAAGUAAGCGACCAGAAUUUUGGGGCACCUGGUUAUACUUACACCAUCAUUGCCGUUUCUCUUCUUUGCAAAAUUGCGGCUUUGAGAUCAUUUUCUCUUGACAAGUUACAAUAUUGGAGAGAGAGUGCUUCAGGCAUUAGCAGCCUCGCUCAUUUUCUUGCCAAGGACACAAUUGAUCAUUUUAAUACAGUGGUUAAGCCAGUGGUGUAUCUCUCGAUGUUCUACUUCUUUAGCAACCCCAGAUCUUCUUUCUCAGAUAACUACAUUAUAUUGCUGUGCCUUGUGUACUGUGUUACCGGUAUAGGUUAUCUGCUGGUCAUCUUCCUUGAACCUGGUUCAGCCCAACUGUUCGCAGUGCUUCUUCCUGUUGUUUUGACUCUAAUUGCAACUCAGAAGGGGGAGAACAAAUUUUUAAAGAACCUGGAAAACUUGUGCUACCCAAAAUGGGCUUUGGAAGCCUUUGUGAUGGCUAAUGCAGAAAGGUAUACUGGGGUGUGGCUCAUUACUCGUUGCGGUGCACUUAUGGAAAUGAACUAUAACCUUAAUGACUGGGCUCUCUGUGUAUCCUUCCUCAUUGCGGUAGGCGUGAUCAGUCGUGUUAUAGCUUUCGUUGGCAUGGUCACCUUCCAAAAGAAGUGAGUCCUACUGCAUGCAAGUUUCUGUAUUCUAACCCAGAAAACCAGGUGAGGUUUUAACUUUUAAGAAGCUUGCAUCACAUGAUAUACCCCCACAGUAUCAGAAUAUUUCUCUCAGAGAUCGAAGUGCCUCCUUUUCCAUGUUCCAAGGAUAUUAUUCUGUGAAAUUCUUACCCAAAUAUUAUGUUAUGGCUCUUACAAUUUGAUUAGGAACCGGCCAUGACUUGGGUUUUUUUUUUUUUUUUUUUUUUGGGGGGGGGGGGGGGCUUUUAUAAUUCUUUAGGCCCCUUUUUUCUGCGGGAAUGAGUCUAAUUUGCUAAGGUUGUA